UGAUGAAUGGGCACGAAACCCUAGAGUUUGCCGCCUCCUUCAACCAUACAUCUCCUCGCUCUUCUUAAUCUCCUUUUGUCUCUCCUCUGGAUAUUCUCGCCCGUCUGAAACCUCUCUAAAAUGGGUAAGUACAAGAUGUUCUCACGCGAUUAUCGAACCCACCACUAGCACCACCAAUCUUUUUGAAGAUUUUCUCAGCAAAGGUAUACAAAGUUUGAAGAUUUACAGAGGAGAUGUAUAGAGAUCGAGGAAGCGGAGGCGGAUCUUCGAAGACGGAGAUCGUCGCCGGGUCUACGUUGGAUCGGAAGCGGAUCAACGAAGCGUUAGGUAAGCAUAAGUUAACUCCAACAACUGCUCGUGGUUUGAACAAGGAAAAAGAGAGAAUUUACAUGCCAUCGACUUCUUCUUCCGGAAAGUUGUACCAACAGCAGCUCGAUCAUCGUGAUAAUCGUUCAUCGGCAAAUCUCACUCCCAAUAAGAAAUGUUCUGAUGCAGAAGAAGAAUCUGAGUCUGAGAGUGAAGAAUCGGAUGUUAGUGGGUCUGAUGCCGAUGAAGACACUUCCUGGAUUUCAUGGUUUUGCAAUUUGCGUGGAAAUGAAUUCUUUUGUGAAGUUGAUGAUGAUUAUAUUCAAGAUGAUUUCAAUCUCUGUGGACUAAGCAGUCAAGUGCCAUACUAUGAUUAUGCAUUGGAUCUUAUUCUUGAUGUUGAAUCCUCUCACGGUGACACGUUCACGGAAGAACAAAAUGAAUUAGUUGAAUCAGCCGCUGAGAUGCUUUAUGGUCUGAUUCAUGUCCGUUAUAUAUUAACUAGCAAGGGAAUGACUGCAAUGUUGGAGAAGUUCAAAAGUUGCGAUUUUGGAAGAUGCCCUAGGGUAUACUGCUGUGGACAACCCUGUCUUCCUGUUGGUCAAAACGAUAUUCCGCGGUCCAGCACAGUAAAAAUUUACUGUCCAAAAUGCGAAGAUAUUUACUACCCUCGAUCCAAGUACCAAGGCAAUGUUGAUGGAGCAUAUUUUGGAACAACAUUCCCUCACUUGUUUCUGAUGACAUAUGGAAGCCUGAAACCGCAGAAAGCUUCUCAAAGCAGCACCAGCAGCCAUUAUGUUCCGAGAGUGUUUGGAUUCAAGAUUCACAAGCUGUCGUGAUUUCCGAAAGAAAUUUAAGCCAUUAUUAUUCCCUAUGAGCUAGUGCUGCUUCAGGUUACGUCUCAAUUUUGCACUGGCGGGGACUGUUGCGCUUCUUCACACACUCUUUAUUGGACAAAGUGGUGCUUAGAGUGAAAAAAGGGAAAGAAAAGGUAAAAAUAUGAGUCUUAACAUGAAACAUUACUCUUUUCAUUGCCAAUCUGAUAAGAUAUUCUUAGCAAAGAAAAAAAAUCUGAUAAGAUAUUCAUCACCAGUUAUUUGUUUAUAAUGAAACAAACACAUGUGAAAUUUUUCUAUAUGUUUCUUAAAUUUUCAACAAUCAAAGGUAUCUCAGCCUAAAGGCAAUUAUUUAUAUUA